AUGUCUCAACCCAGUCUUCCCGCCGAUCCAUCUGCUACGACGUCGACGAGACUGAGCGCCGGAGCACCCACAGAAGCGCCUACUGAGUGGAAUUUCCCUGUCUCGCCAGUCCCGGUCAAUCUUCUUGGCGAAGGAAAGUACAUCAAGACCGCCGCGGCGCUCAUUAUUGGUGACGAGAUCUUGAACGGGAAGACAUUGGACAAGAACUCUAACUACUUCGCGCGCUUUUGCUUCGAGAACGGAAUUGAUCUGAAGCGCAUCGAGGUGAUUCCGGAUGACGAAGGUGACAUUGUCGAGGCCAGCCGGCGGCUAGUCAAGACCUACGACUUUGUCAUCACAUCUGGGGGCAUCGGGCCCACGCAUGAUGACAUCACGUACGCCUCUCUUGCAAAGGCCUUUGAUCAGCCAUUGGCACACCAUGUGGAAACGCUCGCACGUAUGACCACCAUGAUCAAGCACCGCGCAGACAUCAUGAAUCAGACGGCGGAGCAGCGUGAGGCGCGCGAGCGCAUGGCGUUGUUACCGGUGCACGCUGAGACGCUCUUCAUCGCGCCAGACGUGUGGGUGCCUGUGGUCCGCCUCGAAGGCAAGCUCUGCGUGUUCCCGGGCAUCCCGCGGCUCUUCCAGCGGAUGAUCGACGGCCUACGUCCGUACCUCGCCCUCCCGCCCCCGAGCGAACGUCCGUUCCGACUACAGAUUUUCACCAACCUACCUGAGUCAUCCAUCGCGCCAUACCUGACAGAGCUGCAGGCGCGCACCAAGGCAGCGGGUGUGCGCGUGGGGUCGUACCCGCUGCUAAUGCGAGGCGUGUACGUCUCGCUGAUUGGACGCGACGAAGGCGCGAUACGAUUACUCGCGGAAGAAGUGGCGCAGAAGCUGGAGGGGCGCGUCAUCUCAGAGGAAGAAGCGGCGAAGGAGAAGGCUGGGUUGUAG